AAAUGGCACCUACAGCUUCACCAAUUCAGUAUUGCUCACGAUGAGUUCGUUGAGGGCAGUAGUAAGUGUGCUUCUAUUAGUUGGUGCUACUGGGGUGUUCUGUCGAAGUCAAGAGUACAAAACAUGUAAGGGUAAAUCUGUUACUACUGCCAGCGGAUUUUCGGUUAAGAAAAGUUCAUUCUGUCCCGGAGAAUUAAUUUUCGAAGAUAAUUUCGAUUAUUUGAAUCUGGAAAAUUGGCAACAUGAGCACACCUUAGGUGGUGGUGGUAAUGGAGAGUUUCAGUAUUAUUUAAACAGUCGGAAAAAUUCUUAUGUCGAGGAUGGAGUUCUCUAUCUUCGUCCGACUCUAAUUGCGGACGAAGCUGGGGAAGAGUUUUUGAAGUCUGGAACCAUUAGUGCUCAUGGUGGUUCACCUCAUGAUUUCUGCACAAACCCUUCCUGGAAUGGAUGCGAACGAACGGGCACAGCCGAGCACUAUUUGAACCCAAUCAAAAGUGCCCGUCUUAGAACCGUUAAUUCGUUCAACUUUAAAUACGGUAAACUGGAAAUUCGUGCUAAGCUUCCAACGGGUGAUUGGCUGUGGCCAGCUUUGUGGCUGAUGCCAAAGCUAAAUCAAUAUGGAACUUGGCCAACUUCUGGUGAAAUUGAUUUGAUGGAGUCACGAGGAAAUUUGAACUACAGCACCCCUGAUGGGACUCAAAUUGGAGUAGAACAAGUUGGAUCUACAUUGCAUUUCGGACCCACUCCGGCGUUCAAUGCUUAUGAUACGUCAACAGCAGCUAAGAACACCGAGCCUAAUAAUGGAUUCGGAAAAGAUUUUCAUCUUUAUCAAUUGGAAUGGACCCCCGAUUAUUUGAGAUUUAGCAUUGAUAAUGAACAACUCCUAUUCAUCGAUGGAAACUUCUGGGAGCGAGGCAAUUUCGAGGAACGCGCUCCAGGUGUAGAAAAUCCGUGGAAAAGUGGAGGAAAGAUGGCUCCAUUUGAUCAAGAGUUUUACAUAAUCAUGAAUCUGGCGGUCGGAGGUACCAAUGGGUAUUUCCCGGAUCAACCGGUCUUGAAUAAUGGGAAACCGAAGCCAUGGAUUAACUGGUCUUCAACGCCAAUAAAGGACUUCUGGGAGGCUAAGGACGAAUGGCUUCCGACAUGGAAGUUGGAUGAAAACAACAGCAAAGAAGCUUCUUUACAAGUGGACUAUGUGAGAGUGUGGGCAUUGUGAUUAUCACAUUAAUCCAUUCAUAACAUCAAUAAAUGUAUCA